AUGAAGUUCUUUACUGCUUUCUCUGCCCUUUUGGCUGUGGCUUCAGCUACACCUACUACUUCUCCUUCAAAGACCCUUGAUAAACGAGCUACCACCUGGUGUGAUGCUUUCGGGUCCCUCCAAACCGAGGGAUACACCGUUUACCACAACAACUGGGGCAGCGGCCAGGCUACGUCCGGUUCCCAGUGCACUACCUUCAACUCCGUCAAGAACAAGUCCUUCUCGUGGUCUACCAAAUGGAGCUGGGCCGGUGGAAACAUCCACGUCAAGAGCUACUCCAACGUUGCCCUUGAGAACAUCAACAAGAAGGUCUCGGCCAUCAAGUCCAUUCCUACAAAGUGGACAUGGCGCUACAGCGGAACCAACAUGGUUUCUGAUGUCUCCUACGAUCUGUGGCUUGCUCCCUCUGUUGGCGCUGCUAACAAGUACGAGAUCAUGAUCUGGGUUGGAACCUACGGCGGUGCUGGACCUAUCUCUGAUUCUGGCUCUACUCCCCUUGCGACACUGACCAUCAACGGUGCGCAGUGGAAGCUCUUCCGUGGACCUAAUGGUGAUACUACUGUUUACUCUUUCGUUGCUACCAAGAACCAGGGCAACUUUGAGGGCGAUCUUCUUCCUUUCCUUACGUACCUCACCAAGAGCCAGGGUGUUCCUAGCAGCUACAUUGCUACUAGCUUCCAGGCUGGUACUGAGCCUUUCGUCGGUUCCAACUGUGUCUUCUCUACCUCUGCCUACAGCCUCUCUGUCAACUAA